UAACUUGCAAAGCAGAAAAGAGGAAAUGCCAACCAUUUCUGUCUGUGGGUUUUUAUCAAUAUACCAGGGGUCAGUUUCUUUCGCACCUCAGAAAAGCUGUAGUAAGGAGGUGUGGAGGAAGAUGACGAUGAAUGCUCCACACUGCACUAUAAAAACAUGAUCUGUGAGUAGUUGGAGCAUACAUCACCAGGAUCACUCUGAUUGAAUCUGUGCAAUCAUCUCUCAUCUUGACCACAGACUCGCUUCAUCUAAAUGAUGGUAUUGUCGUGGAUAGCGGCAUUUCUGCUUAUCAGCAUUACUGCAUCACAAGAGCUCACCCACUUUCCUGAGCACUUUGUUGUGGUGAGAAGAAAUGAAAACUCUGUCACCCUUCCCUGUGAUUCAGCCAUAGCUGGACCUGUGACAUGGAAGAUGAACGACGAAGAUUUAGAUUUUGAUUACUUCUAUGAGCAGAAGGACCAAAAUCUAAUUGUGAAGGAGGUUGAUACACCCCUGCUUGGAGAAUACAGCUGCUGGAGAGGGGAAACAAAAUUGUCGUCAACUCUUCUGUUACAGGAAACUGAGGAGGGAGAGGAUAUAGAUGCUUUGCUCACAUGCCAUGCAGUGUCCUAUGAUUGUAGCUUCAACUGCACCUGGACUGACAGCAGAUAUAAAAUGGUGCGCCUUGGAGUUGGCCCAGAAUGCAGUGAAGGUCAAACAUCUUGCCAAUGGGUGAGCAGAUAUCGACGGACUGAGAAUGAGAAAUUAACGUUUGAGCUGUCCCACAACAUUUCACCAUACGCUGAGGAAAACACUACGCUGGAAGUCACUGCCGAGGCCAUUGACAACCCCUUCCUCCUCAGGAGAACCAAAGUGUUUUAUCUCAGAGAGAUUGUUGUACCUGAAAGCCCAGAGAUUGUCAGUUCUCAGGUCGUGGGGCAGAAAUUGAAUGUCACCAUCAAACCGCCUUCCAGCUGGUCAACUCCUCACAGCUUCUUCAGUCUGGAGCAUGAGAUUGAAUACGUGUACAGGGAUGACGGCCGGGCUGAACGCUCUUUGUCUUCUCUGAUUCCGAAGAAGAUCAGUAAGCUGAGGGCCCGAUCAAGAGACCCGCUGGUGUUCUCAUCUUGGAGUCAGUGGACACAUUGGAAAAAUGUGAGGAAAUCAUGCCGAUGCAAAAAGAAAACAAAAUCUGAACUGCCAUCCCAGUGCUUGGAACACUGCAAGAAGAAAAAGGGGCAACGGAGACGCAAAAAAGCCAAGAAGAGUCCAAAUCCUGGCAAAUGAGGAUCUUUUUGACAGAAUUAUUCAGAGCAGCAAAACCUGUGCUGUUUUUUUGUAAAGCCACUGUAACGGCAAAAAAGGGUAUGGAAAGACUGGGAAUUUUUUUUUACAUUACAUCUCUGGUUUGCAUAAAGGCAGGAAACUAUGGUAUGAUGAUCAAAAACAAACACAUUUUACUCACAAGUAAUAAUCAUUAGCUGCGUUCUUGUUUUACUUUGUGUAAAAAUGAGUCAUUUUUACCUGUUUAUUGGCUAAAAUAACAGAUAAACAAAGCAUCUGUUUUUAGUUUAUUUUGGUUGUUUUGUGUGCAGUGGGUUUGUUUGGGGUGUGGUUUCUUUGGUCGGCCACAUGUUGUUUUCAUUUUUUGUAAAAAGUUAAAUUGAUUUAACUUUUCAAUAUUUUUUUUGCUUAACUCUUCCUAAAACGGAAACAUAUUA